AUGAAGCUUCGAAGAUCUUGCUUGGCCGCUGCAUGCUUUGCUACAGGCAUCCUCGCUUCAUCUCCAGUCGUCCAAUCGCAAGCUGGUAUCUACCAAGGACGCUACCUUCCGGAGUUUGAUCAGGAUCUAUUUUUGGGCGUCAAGUUUGCUCCAAAGCCAGUACGCUUUGCUCCCGCCGAGCUCAUUUCUGAUGCGCCUGCGACAUAUCACAAUGUCACGCAGUAUGGGCUUGAUUGUAAGGGUUAUGGGUCCGACACGAACACCUUGGUUGCCGCCAAUUUGACGAAGAUGGGAGAAGAUUGCCUGCACUUGAACAUCGUUAAACCAAGGACAAAUGAAACAGAUCUCCCCGUCUUACUAUGGAUCUACGGAGGUGGGUGGCAGCAAGGUGCUACUAGCGAUCCACGAUACAACAUGAGCUAUAUCGUACAGCAAUCAGUACUGAAUAAAAAACCCGUCAUCGGCAUCUCGAUUAACUACCGCAUGGCAGCGUUUGGUUUCCUAUACAGCUCCCAGGUCGAGGAUGCUGGUGCACAGAAUCUAGGACUUCGCGAUCAACGACUCGCCAUGCAAUGGGUCAACAAGCAUAUAUCGUCUUUCGGGGGCGAUCCCACAAAAGUCACGAUCUGGGGCGAGUCAGCGGGCGCGUACUCUGUCGGUGACCACAUAGCCGCAUACAACGGCGAAAAUGAAGGUCUUUUCCGCGCGGCGAUUCUGGAAAGUGGCGGCGCUGUUGGUGCGCCGCUCAAUGGCACAGACUGGUACCAGCACAUGUACGACAACCUCACUGCAUCAGUCGGCUGCGCUGGCGCCAAAGAUACGCUCCAGUGUCUUCGCGACGUGCCUUACGAGACUAUCGCGCCAUACGGCUACCAAGGUCUCGAAUGGUUCCACGUGAUAGAUGGCAGCUUGAUACCCCGAUACGGCUCAGAAUCCUUGCGAGAAGGCAAGUUUGCAAAGAUUCCCCUCAUCCUCGGCACCAAUACCGACGAAGGCUUUGGUGUAAAUGGGGUGAACAACGACUCCGACGCCAUCAACCAAAUGGUGCACUCCAAGCGCUGGAACAUCAAUGAAACUACCGCAGAUCGAUUACUUGAGCUAUACCCCAACGACCCUGCACUCGGCGAGCCGUACGGAUGGGGUAACCGUACAUGGCCGCAGUAUGGCCUGCAAUACAAGCGCUACCAGAGUAUUGCAACUGAUCUGACAAUGUAUGCUCCGCGGAGAGCGCUUGCGCAAAGCAUGAGUUCGUUCGUGGAUGGUGUAUACUCGUAUCGAUGGGAUGCGCCGAAGUUUAACAACACCCCAGACACAAUUGGCGUCAACCACUUCUCCGAGAUACCUUUUGUGUUUGGAAACACGGAGCAGCAGAUUACUCCUUUGGGUAACAGCUCGGAGAAUAUCGCGUUGUCGAAACUGGUGAUGCGGAUGUGGACAUCCUUUGCGUAUGAUCUUAAUCCUAAUGGCCAUGGUGGUGAGUUUGCCUACCUGUUAUCCUUGGAGUAA